UUGGGCUUUCAGUUCACUUCAUCCAAAAGGAUGUCUCUGAAGCGUGCCAGUAAGGUUCUGCGUGGACGUUGCAUGUAUCAGGACCUGCCCUGCCCUCAUCCCUGGGCUUCACUCUUCCUCUGGGCUGUACUGCAAAACCGCAGUGAGAUGGCCCUUUAUUUCUGGGAGAUGGCAGGUGAGGCAGUCCUGAGUGCUCUUGGUGGCUGUAAAAUACUCAGAGAACUGUCCAAACUUGACGAAGAAACUGAAACCAAACUCUCCAUGAAAGAACUGGCCCAGAAGUUUGAGAACCUGGCUCAUGAUAUCUUCAGCUCUUGCUAUCGGAGUAAUGAACACCGUUCCUUCACCCUGCUAAUUAGGAAGUCUCCUGUCUGGGGUCACAGCACCUGUCUUCAGAUGGGCGUGAGUGCUGACGCUCGGCUUUUCUUCAGUAAUGAUGGUGUACAGUCUCUGUUGUCCCAUAUCUGGUGGGGUGAUAUGAAGAGGAAAACAGAGGUCUGGAAGCUCCUGCUCACUUUCUUCUGCCCCAUCCUCUGCUACACCAAUCUCAUCUCUUUCAGAAAACAAGAUAAUCAGUUGGAAGAGGAGGAAGGAAUUCCUAAUGAGGAUGGGCCAGACCAGGACACUAACAGUCUCUAUGGGACCACCGUCUUCUCUUUCGCUGACAUCAAACACCACAGUGACGUUGAUUCAGAAGUUCACAGGAGUGGUACUAUUAAAGGUGUACCUUACCGACCACCACAGCGUCCAUUCAUAGUGUCACGCUGGUGUCAGUUCUGGUUUGCACCGGUCACUUCUUUUCUGGGCAACGUCCUGAUGUACUUCCUGUUUCUCUUGUUUUUCGCCUACGUGCUGUUGGCUGAUUUCAAGCCCCCACCACCCUCAGGUCCAGGUGCUGCUGAGUGUGUGUUGUACUUCUGGGUAUUCACCCUCGUUUGUGAGGAGAUCCGACAGACAAUUUUUUUGGGGACGAUGACUUGGCGUCAAAGGUUCAGACUCUACAUUAAGGAUGUGUGGAAUAAAUGUGACCUCACUGCCAUCAGCCUGUUCAUUAUAGGACUAAUCUGCAGGAUGUUCCACUUGUCACAUGAAUUUGGCCGGGAUAUGCUUUGUUUGGACUACAUGGUCUUCACCCUUCGACUCAUUCACAUUUUUGCCAUUCACAAGCAGUUGGGGCCAAAAAUCAUCAUUGUAGGAAAGAUGAUAAAGGAUAUCUUCUUCUUCCUCUUCUUCCUGGGUGUGUGGCUAAUGGCGUAUGGAGUUGCCAAUCAGGCUCUGAUCUACGCCUAUGAUCCAAACCCGAAUCGCAUUUUUCGGAGAGUUUUCUACAGGCCAUACUUGCACAUCUUUGGACAGAUCCCUGUGGAAGAGAUGGAUGUGGGCAAGGACUGGGAUAUCACUUGUACACACAAUGUGACUUUGAUUGAGAGCGGUGAAGAGCCGUGUAGAAGUCAUGAGAGUAACUGGCUGGUAGUGAUUCUGCUAGUUGUAUAUCUCCUGGUCACCAACAUCCUGCUCAUCAACCUGCUUAUUGCCAUGUUUAGCUACACUUUCUCUAAAGUGCAGGAACACAGUGACAUCUACUGGAAGUUCCAGCGUUACAACCUGAUUGUUGAGUACCACUCCCGUCCUGCUUUGGCUCCGCCUUUCAUUAUCCUCUCACACAUCAACCUCUUCAUCAAGAGGGUCAUCCGCAAAGUGCCCUCUGUAAAGAUUCACCACUUUGUGUUAGACUUGGAAGCAAAGGCAGCGAACAGAUUAUCAACGUGGGAAACGAUUCAGAAGGAAGACUUCCUGACUGCUCAAAACAAGAUCCAGAAAAGCAGCGACUCAGAAAGGCUCAAACGGAUGUCUGCCAAGGUAGAUGGUGUGCUUAAACAUCUGAGUGAAAGCAGAGACUUCGAACACAGACUACGGUCUCUGGAGAAUCAGAUGGAUUAUUGCUCUAGUGCCCUCAGCUGGGUUGUGGAUACUUUAGCACAAGGAAGCACAUUCAAACCUCCUCGCCCCCCACCUGCAUCACGAGACGUGGUACCCUCCCCUUGCAGCUCAACUUGAUUAAAUGACGCUUUAAAUCAAGGAGAACACCUUCACUCAUGUUCUUUUGACAACUUCUGUUGCAGUCUGCCACCAUGAGCCUCACCGAACUGUUACCAAUGCUUAUAAAAGCAAAAAAAAAGAAAAGUAUUUAGCCUAUGCCAUGUAUUUUAGAUAGAUAGAUAGAUAGAUAGAUAGAUAGAUAGAUAGAUAGAUAGAUAGAUA